ACUUCUAUUGUGAUGUCGAGUGUGCGAGUCUAUUGUAUAAAUUAUAAAGAAGUAGUGCAGUGUGUUGGCUAUAUUUUCUAAAAAAAAAAGUUACAAUUUUCAUAGAUUUUCCGUUGUUCUCGCCAUGACGUUAAUCUAAAAUUGUUUAAAAAAUACUGAUCCCGAUGUUGGUCGUAGCAUGUAAUUUACAUGCUUUUAAAGAGGAAAAAAUCCGGGGAGACAAAUCGUGGAUACCGAAGAAAGCUUCAAACGUGUUUGAAGCUUUCGAGGUCGUAUUCAUGGAACUAUGAACCUGGACUCGUUGUCUUUUACUUUGUCACAAAUCAGUUAUUUGGUUGCGAAGUUAAAUAAAAGAAAUUUUGAAGGAAGCUGCCAGGAAAUAUCAACUUUAGUACAGGGGAAGGGUUUGGAGGCAGACAGACAUUUACUGCGCUGUUUGCUUUCUAGUGUUGACUUUUCAACGGAAGAACCACCAGAACCUAGUGCAAAAGACUAUUAUCAAGUUCAGCUUCUUAAACAAGAACUUACUGCCCUUUUAAAUAAACCCUCCCUUAUUUCGAACAUUUGUUUCGCUUUUGAUCGUCCACUGCUUCAACAAAAGACUUUAAAUCCAUCGCCAAAGUUUUUUUUACAACUGCAAAAAGUUAUUGGUCUCUCUAUAGUACAACUUGUUGUGAUUGAAAUUGCCUUUCAACAUUCAGAGAAUCCUGAACUUCAAUCAUUAGCAUUAGAGGAUCUUCAGAAACAAUUACCGGAUUUAGUCAAAUAUUAUAUUCAUUCUGAGAUUGGUAAAAAACAAAGUGAAGAAUUAAACGAAUUCACACCUGAGGUUUUACAUUUGAUUUUAUUUUACAUUUUUCACGAAGCUCAACAGAUUGAAUUAAUAAGUGAGAUAAAAGAAAAAUUUCUCAAAGCUUUGAGACGGGACUUUCCUCGUGAUCUGGUGCCAGUGGUGUUAUUACCACUUUUGUAUCCAGGAGACGAGGAAACGCCUCAGGAUAUUCUGCAAACUAUGUCGUCCACUCAAAUGGAUGGAAACGCUCUAGUUGAGCUCAUAAUGGAAUUAGGUUAUGGGUUUACAAAUAGUGUCGAGGAAUGUAGAGCGGCAUUAACUGGACUUGGUGCUCGUGAAAUUUCCGCAUCAUGUGUGGCACGAGUUUUAUCACACAUGGCUCGUACUUGUACGGGUCUCGAAGAUACCGGUGGUUUGCAGUCAUUUUGGUCGAAUUCAAAUUCAGGACAAGACUCAAACAAGGAUAAAUCAUCUGAUGGUGGAGCAAAAACAUGGAAUGUCGAAGUUUUUGUUCAAACUUUAAAAGAUAUGUCGUCGCUACAAUGGAAUGAUGUAAUCAUACAGCUUGAUCAUGCAAAAUUUCUUGUUAAAGAUCGACAAGGAUUAAAGCUUUUAAUUACUGGAUUAAAAUUAGGUCUUCAACUACAAGGUUUUCCUCUCGAUGUAUUUCCUGUUGAAUUAUUCUACAGGCAUUGGGAAAAUGUUGAGGGUCAAUUUUCUCUAGUGCAACAAAUUCUAAAACAUCCAGAUAUUUUUUGUUUUGCUGACUAUCCAUAUCAUUCGGUAACUGUCGAUGUAUUGAAAGCUGCACCUGAAGGUGAUAGUAAAGAAGCUCAAAGUUGGAGAUCAUUAAAUGUGAUUGAACUUCUAUUGUAUAUUGCUGAAAGAGGAUUUUAUGCACCAGUUCAAGAAGUAUUUAAAUGGCCAAUACAACACUGUCCUGAUGUUCUUGUUUUAGCCUUACUUCAAAUAAAUCCCCCAUUUACGUUAUUAAGGCAAGAACUACUUAGUACAUUAAUGCCAAUUUUCUUUGGUAAUCAUCCAAAUUCCGCUGUGAUAUUGCAUCAUGCUUGGCAUGUAAAUAAUCUCAUGAUAAAAACUAUAAUAAUGCAAGCAUUAGCUGAAUGGUACUUACGUGGUGAUCAUGAUCAAACAAGAUUGUCACGAAUUUUAGAUGUAGCACAAGAUCUCAAAGCAUUAUCAGCCCUUCUUAAUGCACAAUCAUUUCCUUUUGUUAUUGAUCUUGCGUGCUUAGCAUCGAGAAGAGAAUAUUUAAAAUUGGAAAAAUGGCUAACUGAUAAAAUACGAGAACAUGGAGAACAUUUUGUCACUGCUUGCGUGAAAUUUUUACAAAGAAGAUGUCCACAAGUCACAGGAUCGGGUAUUAAAGAAGAUCCAACAGUUCCAAAAGCGAGUCAACUACCACAAGAAACACUUACAACAAUUCUUGCAUGUCUGCAAGUUUGCGCUGGAAAUGUUUCUCCAGACUGCGCUGAAGCUAUUAUGACAAUGGUACAAAAUUGUAGUUUAAUGCUAAGUAAAGGAACAAUGAGUAGACCACCUCCACCGGGAGUUUUGAGACACAGGGCUCUUGAACCUUUUAAUCCUGCAACAUUGAACAGCCAAUUAUUCACCUCGAAACAAGUGGAUCCAUUGGCGAAUUUGGGAACAAGCCUUGCAUCCAUGGGACUCAGCUCUAGUCUUGGACCACCAAGUAGUUCUGCAUUUAAUUUACCCGGAGCAUUGGGACCUUUGGUUUCAGCUCCCGGUUCUCCAUCGCGAUUAAUGGGACCCUCACCAAAUCCAUUUCCAAUAAUAUCACAAAUUCAUUCAGGACCAGUUGGUACACCAGGACCAUCAGUUAUUGCCAGUGGUACAGCAAUUGGUGGUUUAGCACGUCUUGAACCAUUGGGUGGAAUAGAGAAAGCAAGACUUACCGAUACAACGAAUACCUUUCCUGAUAUGACACAAAAUUUUUCCAAAGAAAUUGAAGACGAAGCAAAUAGUUAUUUUCAACGAAUUUACAAUCAUCCACCACAUCCAACAUUAUCAAUUGAUGAGGUUCUCGAUAUGUUGAAAAAAUUCCAAGAUUCAGGAAGUAAACGAGAGCGUGAUGUCGUUAAUUGUAUGCUUCGUAAUCUUUUUGAAGAAUACAAAUUCUUUCCCCGUUAUCCAGAUAAAGAAUUACAUAUUACAGCACAAUUAUUCGGUGGAAUUAUUGAACGUGGUUUGGUAAAUAGUUACGUAACAUUGGGACUUGCAUUGAGAUUUGUUUUAGACGGUCUUAGAAAACCCGAAGGCGGUAAAAUGUAUUAUUUUGGUAUAGCCGCAUUGGAUCGUUUUAAAAGUCGUUUAAAAGAUUAUCAAACAUAUUGUGAACAUGUACGAGUGAUACCGCAUUUCAGUGAAUUCCCUAGUCAUUUGAUUGAAUAUGUUGAAUUUGGACUUCAAGGUCAAGAGCCACCUUCCCGACCUCAAGGUCCAGUUGUACCAAAAAAUGUCAUGCUGCCUCCUCCUGUUACUACUCCUUAUAAGACUUUAACAACGACUACGAUUACGACAAGUACAACGCAAUCGAAACCUGCGACAACAUCGACCGCAUCUCUUUCAACUAGGCCUUCCAUAGCAAAUGCGACAAACAUCGAUACACUUCUUGUAGCUACAGAUAAAGAAGAAAAAAUAACAUCACCACCAGAAGCAUUACAAGACAAAACUGCCUUUAUUUUCAACAAUCUAAGUCAGCUGAAUUUACAACAAAAAUGUGAUGAAAUCAAAGAUAUAGUCACUGAAGAAUAUUGGCCCUGGAUGGCACAAUAUUUAGUAAUGAAACGAGCCAGUAUUGAACUCAAUUUUCACGCUCUUUAUUCAAAUUUUCUCGAUUGUUUGAAAAUACCCGAAAUUAAUAAAAUGGUCACCAGAGAAACAUUUAGAAAUAUUAAAGUUCUUCUUCGCAGUGAUAAAGGAAUCGCUAACUUUUCGGAUAGAUCUCUUCUUAAGAAUCUUGGCCAUUGGUUAGGAAUGUUAACUCUUGGACGUAAUAAACCAAUAUUACAUAUUGAUAUUGAUUUAAAAAGUCUAUUGGCCGAAGCAUAUCAUAAAGGCCAACAAGAGCUACUUUAUGUCGUACCCUUUGUUGCCAAGGUUCUAGAAAGCUGUGCAAAAAGUCGCGUUUUUCGUCCUCCAAAUCCAUGGACAAUAUCAAUUAUGAAUGUUCUCGCUGAACUCCAUCAAGAGCCAGAUUUAAAACUCAAUCUUAAAUUUGAAAUUGAAGUACUUUGUAAAAAUUUAAGUAUCGAUGUCGCUGAAUUAAAACCCUCGAUCUAUUUGAAAGAUCCUGAAAGAUUACGCAAUUUGGAAUAUCAAUUGUCACAUCCCAAUAAAAAACACGAGACAAGCAAUAAUCAACAGCAACAAUCGCAAGGACAAAUUGAAGAAUUGGUCGGACCAACGACAACUGUUCCAAUGAUUGCACAAACAGCACCGCCUAUUAAUACAACACCUUCAUUACCCACUGGUCAACCUGAACCGAGAUUUAAUUAUGUGGACAUUACCGUUACUGGAAUUACAAAUAUUGCUCCACAUAUUACCAUAAACAAUCAAUUGCCCAUUUUGCAAGCACAUCCACAAUUGAAACAAUUUGUCCGUCCAGCUGUUGAGAGAGCAAUUCAAGAAUGGAUUCAUCCAGUCGUUGAUCGUUCAAUUAAAAUUGCAUUAACAACAAGUGAACAAAUAGUAAGAAAAGAUUUUGCAUUAGAUUCCGAUGAGAAUAGAAUGCGUCAAGCUGCACGUCACAUGGUACGUAAUUUAACGGCAGGCAUGGCAAUGAUAACAUGCAGAGAUCAAAUUUUAGCGUCAAUAAGCACAAAUUUAAAACAAAAUUUCUUAAAUGCCAUGAUUGGCCAUACACCACAACAAAAAGAGCUUGUUGAUCAAGCAGCAAAUGUAAUAGCCAAUGAUAAUAUGGAACUUGCUUGUGCGUUUGUUCAAAAAACAGCAAUUGAAAAAGCCGUACCCGAAAUGGAUAAGAGGCUAAUGAAUGAAUUUGAAUUGAGAAAAAUUGCACGACAAGAAGGACGACGUUAUUGUGAUCCAUUGGUGAAAUAUCAAUCGGAAAGAAUGCCCGAACAAGUGAGAUUAAAAUUAACUGGCGUAACACCACAUCAAAUGGCUGUUUAUGAAGAAUUUGCAAGAAAUAUUCCUGGAUUUCAACCAAUGACUGAUCGUGAUUCGAGAGCAUUGUUUAUGCCUAAACCAAUUAGUGGACCAAUGCAGUUUGCUGCUAAUCCAGCAGUAGCUGCAGCAACAGUACAGCAAGUAGCAGCUUAUGCUGCAGCAGCAGUUAGUACUGAUGAAAUUGGAGCUAUGUUGGAAAAACUUGCGUCUGAAGUUGAGCAUUUAUUAGCAGCAAUGGGACCUGCAGCACCACCUCCACAGCAAGUUGCUCUUCAUAGUCUUCUUGAAGCUAUCAUUGCGACUAGGAGAGCUCGAGAUGCCAACACAGCAUUAACUUUGCUAAAGAAGGCUGUCGAGGGUUUAAUGGACUGUCCAAUUGUCACGAGUGGAGUUAUGGAAUCCGAGACUAUUCUACGAUUUCGUGAUUUGCAUGUUCGAAUUUUAAAAUGCUUACAAGAUCAAAGAGCCUAUGGUAUGCAGUGGACAAAUAAAAAUGUAACUCGGUGUUUAAUAGAAUGCAGAGAAGAAUUUCGAUAUAAUUUCGAAGCAAUCGAUUGUUUAAUAAGAUCACAUUUGUUGAUAUUGUCACAAUACGACAUGGCUCUAGCACAAGCGAUGGAAAAUGGAAGUGCAAUUGCAACUGCGUUUGCUAUGCAAUUGAUACAACUUUAUUUAGUGGAAGAAAGACAAACAACUCACGUUACAGAAUCUGAUCUUUACAAUACUAUUGAGAUUCUUGUAAGAAUGGCACAUCUUAGAACUCCACCAGAAGGUAUCAUGCUCUAUAGAUUGACAAACUUGAUUGAUUCUCUAAGAGCAAAUCACGAUCCUGGUGUACUUGCUGAUAGAAUGCCAGCUGGACCAACAGCUCAUAUUCAUUCUGGAAUAAUGCAAGCAAAAGUAAUUGCACGUGAUUAUGAUGAUCCACCGGGUUUAUUUGAAAAGACAGAAUUUCUAUUGAGAGAAUGGGUACAAAUGCAUCAUAGCGCAACACAUGCUCGUGAUCCAACAAAAGCAUUCAGUACUUUUGUUCAUCAUAUGAAUAUACAUGGUAUUUUGAAAACAGAUGAUUUGAUAACGAGAUUUUUUAAAAUUAGCACUCAAAUGUGUGUAGAUUUGUGCUAUAGAGCUCUCGUUGAACCCAGUGCGGGUGCAUCUGCAAUUCGUGCCAAAUGUUUUCACACUUUGGAUGCAUUUGUUCGUCUUGUUGCACUUCUCGUUAAACAUUCAGGCGAUACAACAAAUACUCACACAAAAAUCAAUUUAUUGAAUAAAGUCCUUGGCAUUGUCGCUGGAGUAUUGCUUCAAGAUCAUGAAAUUCGUCAAUGUGAUUUUCAACAAUUGGCUUACCAUCGGAUAUUUAUAAUGCUCUUCCUGGAACUUUGUGCCCCGGAACCAGUUUUAGAGGCGAUUAAUUUCCAAGUACUGACUGCCUUUUGUCACACUCUUCAUAUUCUUCGUCCAGCUAAAGCAUCAGGCUUUUGUUAUGCAUGGUUAGAACUUGUUUCUCAUCGUGUAUUUAUUGGACGAAUGCUUGCCAUUACACCACAACAAAAAUGUUGGGGAAUGUACGCUCAAUUGUUGAUUGAUUUAUUCAAAUAUCUUGCACCUUAUUUGAGAAAUGCUGAACUCGCAAAACCAGUCACUUCACUUUAUAAGGGAACAUUGCGUGUGCUUCUUGUUCUACUUCAUGAUUUUCCAGAAUUUCUCUGUGAUUAUCAUUAUGGAUUUUGUGAUGUGAUUCCACCAAAUUGUAUCCAAAUGAGAAAUUUAAUUCUCAGUGCAUUCCCAAGAAAUAUGCGUCUACCUGAUCCGUUCACUCCAAAUUUGAAAGUUGAUAUGCUACCAGAAAUUGCUCAUGCACCAAGAGUUCUCACUAAUUUUGCAUCAAUGAUUCAGCCGCCAAAUUUCAAAAAAGAACUCGAUUCUUAUUUGAAAGCACGUGCACCAGUUACAUUUUUAUCUGAAUUGAGAAGUAAUUUACAAAUUUCUCAAGAGGCUGGAUCAAGAUAUAAUAUUCAAUUGAUGAACGCUCUUGUAUUAUAUGUUGGAACUACGGCAAUAACAUUUAUUAGAGGCAAAGGACACACGCCUAAUAUGUCAACGAUCGCUCAUUCGGCACAUAUGGAUAUAUUCCAAAAUUUGGCAGUCGAUCUCGAUACUGAGGGAAGAUAUUUGUUCUUGAAUGCAAUUGCCAAUCAAUUGAGAUAUCCAAAUAGUCAUACUCAUUAUUUCAGCUGUACACUUUUGUAUCUUUUCGCUGAAGCAAACACCGAAGCUAUUCAAGAGCAAAUAACCCGUGUCUUACUUGAAAGACUUAUUGUUAAUAGACCUCAUCCAUGGGGAUUACUUAUCACAUUUAUUGAAUUGAUUAAGAAUCCAACGUACAAAUUUUGGACCCAUGAAUUUGUUCACUGUGCCCCUGAAAUUGAAAAAUUAUUGGAGUCUGUGGCACGUUCGUGUAUGGUUCAAAAGCAGGUGCAGUCAAACACCGAAUCAGAAAUUCCAGAGUGAUAGUACAUUUUAUCCUUUUUCUUGUCAAUUUUAUGUACAGUAAAAAACUCGUAAAUAUUACGAAAAAUCGCGUGUAAAAACGUUUGUUAAAAUUACGACUAGGUGUAUUAUACUUUAGGUUCCUUUUUUUUUUUAAUGAAAUAUUUUCUUUUUUUCUAAUAGGUAGGUAGUAGUAAGAUAUAUAUUAAUGAUUCGAGGAAAAAAAACAAAUUAAAAAAUAAUACGUGAUACGAAUGUGUUAAUAUUUUAAUAAAAUGAUAUCAUUGCCAUUGACAAAAAAAAAUGAAGCAAUGAAGAUGAAUAUUCAAUCUCCGUGAUUUGCGUCUUAUAAAUGACGUUUCGCCAAUGAAUGUACGGAGUAUUGUAUUUUAUAUACCAUAGGUAUUAUCAUUUAGUUAUAAAUAUUGCAAAGAAAACCAAUUUUGGAGAUUAUUCUAAGAGAAAAAAAAAUGAACUACAGUGUUCAAAUAGAUUAUGAUAUAGAAAAAUCUUUUCAGUUUAUCAACUAAUUUUCAAGUUUAUAAUAUAAAUAAAAAAAAAAAAAAACUAAUGUAAUAGUCAAAUGUUGACGAUCCGAACUAUAAAUAGACUAUAUAAUUAAUUCUUGGUAAGAACUUGAUUUAAUACACAGUAUCAUCAGAAUUAAAAGAAAUGAAAAAGACAAAGUCUCGAAAUGUGUACUUGGAAAAACCCACAGUAGAUAAAAAAAAUAGUUCUGUGGUAUUGUACGAACAUGUAAGUACCUUUUGUAACUUUACAUUUCGAAAGGAUGAAUAGUUCAACACAAUCAUUAUGUAAAUGUCGUUUAAUAAAUAAUAAUACAAUUUUCUGUGUAA